AUGGCAGCCACGUCGUGCCCGCCUGUCACGGUCACCCCUCCAGUGGACUGCGUCCGUCCGUGCACCACCACGGUGACGACCUUCCCGCCGCGGUCGACCACGACAUCUUGCACUAUUCGGCCUGUUACAUCUACUCUGUCCGCCGUCAGGACAAAUGGUGGGUCAACGAGCUGGGUCGUCCCGCCCUGCGCUACAGCCAUUGCCUUCACUGUUUUGGGUGGUUCUGGGGGCGGGGCAGGCGGCGAAGCCGCGGCAGUUGGCGACGAACUUGCAUCCGGAGGAUAUGGCGGUUCCAUUGUCGGCAGACUGCCCGUGUCUCCUGGCAAUACUGUCAUUGCAAUCGCAGGUGGUGCCGGUGCUAGUGGUGUCGCCGGGCAAAGUCAAUACGGCCGUGGCGGAUCUGCUUCAACCGUCGCUGGUGGAGGUGGUGGCGCUUCGGCUUUGAUGAUAAACACUCAAUCGAAUCUCAUCGCCGUUGCUGGUGGAGGAGGUGGUCUAGGAACUUCCAGCCAGUUUGCGGAAGGUGUGGGCUUGGUAGAAACAACCGUCCUUGACGGUCCUCCUAAUGCUGGUCGGGAGGGAAGUGGAAGAGCUCUUCUCGCGAGUAACGGCGGUGUUAUCGCGCGAGCUUUCGGUGGAGAUCCAGGCUCUGCUAGUGGACCCGGCGCGGGUGGUGGAUGGGCCUCGGGUCCCCCCAUCAUUUCGGCCGCAAAUGGUAAUGCCGGAAUCAAUACAAAUGGCGGUGCCGGCCUCACAGGUGUGAACAAUCACGGCCUUCGGAACGGUGGUGGAGGCGGUGGUGGAGGCCGCUUUGGUGCGGGUUCAGGCGGCCAGCUCUACUUCAAGCAGCCUAAUUUUGCUCGGUGGUUCGCAUUUUCUUCGGCUGGUGGAGGCGGGGGUAAUUUUGUCAGCAGUGCUGCUUUGCAGACAUCGCAGAGUGUUGCGGCGAAAGGUGUCGGAAGUGUCAAGGUAGUCUUUUAUUGA